AUGCAUCUCGCAGUAUUGGGGGCCGGGCUCCUCUUCCUCGGUCGCAUCUCUGCCCUGCAAAUCCAGCUCAAUGAUCCUCAAUCGAUCAAGGACGCUGCGUCACAAACCGCCUACGGAUCGCUACUUUGGUACUCUGGCAACGAAACCGGCCGAAUCCCUGGAUCCUUCCCAGAAAAAUGGUGGGAGGGCAGUGUGCUCUUCACGAGUUUGAUCCUAUACUGGUACUACACCGGCGAUUCCCGGUACAAUGCUCUCACCAUCCAGGGGCUGCAGUGGCAGGCAGGCGAUAAUGGGGACUAUUUGCCUGCUAACUAUAGCAGUUAUUUGGUGCGUUGA